CAUUUAAACGACGGCAACAACUAAAAAAGGCACGUAAUCAACAGCAAUUUUCAAAAAAAAAGAUUACCAAAACAAGUAAUAAUGACUAUAACGAUAGUUAUCAUAAUGACGAUAGCUAUAACGAUAGCUAUAACGAUAGCUAUAAUGAUACCCAUAAUAAUACCCACAGUGAUACCCAUAGCGAUAUCCAUCAUGAUACUCAAUACGCAGUUGAUUUACCAGAUUUGACUCUAACAACGUUUAUAAGUAUAAUCGAAAAACUUGUACAAGCACAAAUUUCCCAACCACAAUAUUUUCAAGUAUGGAGUUCAUUAUUAAAUAUAGCAACAAAUAUGGAUAAUAGCAAGUUGAGUCUUGGAAUAUCAUUAUUAAAUCGUAUGAGCUAUAGUAAGGGACCUAAAACUGGCAAGAUUUUUUCAAAAAAGCCAUCAUCUCAAAAAAUUGAUCGUUUACAAAAAAUCAACAACUCUUUACACGGUAAAGUUAAUAAAUUCAAACAAGUUCAUAAAAAAAAAAUUUCUUUAGUUCGUUCUGUGGCAUGUAAAACACCUACGAUCACAAAUAGACAAUUAAAUUUAGCUAUUCAAGAUCGACUUAUGACAAAUAAAAAACAGUAUAGUUUUAAAACUGUUUUAAUGGCUAUACAAAUUUGCGAAAUUGGUCAAAUGUUGUAUCGAUCUGCUGCAACUUGCACAAAAAAGGUAAUUGAAUGGCUAAUAGACGAAGAGCCAGAUAAGUGGUUCUCUGUUAGUACACUU